AUGUUGUACAUGUUCUGUUUACACGCCGUAUACGAUGACAUUUCAGGCGAAAUAGGCGGAACCCUGGCAUUGUACACCAGCUUUACGCUGAUGGCGGCUGUGGAAAUCGUCUUCUUUUUUGUGUCGCAAGAUAUCCGGAAGGACGUGGACCGUUAUGAUCUCCUCCUCACGUUACGUAAGAACCCACGAGUCAUGGCCCCUCGAUGUUUGAAAAGGUUUCUGUUUUGGAAACGUUAAUGUAAUAAAUAAUUAAUUCGACUCAACAUAAUAUUAUCCAAGGAUCCGUUUAAGUCUUGUACGUAAACAAUACACAACCUUUUACAAACAUACUAUGCUUACCUCAACAUACACAAAAGUACUACUACACAAACAAAUCAUUCUACUAUCAUCCUUAAUAUCAAUCACUUUAUGCUUCCCCAGCUUGGUCUCUAACUUUAGCGACAAGUUCUCGCAUCCAUCUCGCCGAUCAGUUUUAUCCCGGAGGGCAGGCGAACAGGUUCGACCGGUCUUAUCAGAAAACGGAUGAUAAGAAGGGGCGUGCCGCCAACAGUGGGGAUACUGGGUGAGAAUCUGGUGUGCAGUUCACGAAUGCCCUUCAAGGUGAACGCAUCACAAAGUUUUGAUCGUUCGGGAUGGGAUCUCGGUUUCCAAGGUUUAUAUACGGAUUUAUUACGAAAACUGAGAAAGCAACUCCAGCUGGAGUAGCGUCGAAUCGGCGUCGCAAAGUUUUCGUCAGACGCCGUGGGGCAUUUCCGAGAAAAGAAAUUCGAUCACGGCAAACCAUCGGAAUGGCGGUGUAAGGGUAUCCCGGGGGUGUCGUAACCUCAUUGUUCCGCCCUCAGGUUCUCCCUUUCGUCUCAAGCAAACUUUUAUUUGCGUUGGGGUCAAUAACGCGGCACACAGGCGUCUGGAGACGAGGUACCCCUAAGUGGGCCGAUCUCGGAGAAGACAUCCCGUGAUAGCGCGACGCCAACAUUAAUUACCGUUUAUUAUUACUCUUCGCUUCCUGAUAAACCUUUUAACGGAUCCCGAAAAACCGGCUGGGUAACGUCCACUUAUCACUUAGAAAUUAGCAAACAAUGUCAUUUCCGUUCGUUGUUACUUAAUGGAUUUGUGAGUUUCCGUAGAGGGAGGGGGUAUCUUUCUUCAGGCGGUCGGCAUCCAAACUUCGCUACACACUUAAGCGAGAUCCACUCAAGUUUUUGGUCGGGGUAAUUCUGGCGUUUCUUAUUUUUGCAAUGUUCCCUGUUUUACAAGGUAAUGCGCAACUCAUUAUCGUAUUUUAAUUUUGCUCGUUUUCAAUGCCGAAUCUUCACUUUCCGCCUUUCCAUGUUUCAUUUCAGCCGACCUUGCCAUCAGGCAAUGAAGGCGAUCGUCCUCCUCUUUUUGGUCAGUUCGGCCACCGGCUGCAUCAGUUCGGCCCCUCGACAGUUCUCUGCGGUACCCAACUACGGUGGUAUAGCCACAGCACAACGACAGUUUGCUGCUCCAUUUGCACAGCAACAAACUGCUUUUGCGCAGCAAGGAGCAGCCUUCCAACAACAGUUUGCUGGAGCUGCUGGUGGUGGUGGGGUAGCUGCACCUCGAGCUGCUGGUGCUGAGAACGUUGCCCCACCUCAGCCAAUCGCGAGCUCCCAGCUAGCUCAACAGAAUGAAGGCCCAGUAUUGGGAGAGAGAGUUUCUCUUACUGAAUUUAGCUCCAAUGGCUACAACAACGCUGGUGGAGGACCGGUUAACAAAGAUGACGCUCUCGGCUGUGAUUUCGAAGGAAGACCAUGUUGUUGGGCAAACGCCCCAACUCCUGAUGAUCAAAUCGACUGGCAACACGCUGCUGGCACUCCAGAUGUUGUAGCCAGACACAACAUGACGAUGCAAGGCCGAUACUUGCUGGCGCACGCUGUGUCCGCUGCUCCAUCUGACGAGGCUCAGUUCGUAUCUUGUGCCAUUGCUUGUGCCAGUUCCCCCAUCAAGGUCAGAUCUACCCACUACCAAUCACACGAUGUGCUUCUGCAAGUCUGUCAGCGUGAGAGUUUCCCCAACUCUGUAGACUACAAUCCUUUGUUGAACUGCCAAGAAUUCCCUUCGGACGGUCGUCUCCAACGUUCCGAGCUGACUCUGCCAAAGGCUUCUCUUGUUGAUGUAAGUUUGAAUAUUGAGUGAUAAGGAAGUCAGUGUAUGUUCUGGUUAACGUUAUUAUUAUUCGACUUCAGAUUGUGAUUGUGGCCAGCAACUUGGUCGAUCGUGACGGAUCUUUGGCCAUCUUGGAUGACAUUGAAAUUGACUACGAAAGUGACCCAACUGAAUGUCCAGCUCCACCCCCACCACCAGCUUCUGAGUCUGUAGCCUCAUCUCAGAGCCGAUCGUCAUCGUCUUCAUCGUCGUCACGGUCGUCUUCGGACAGAAGAAACUCCCAAGGCUUUGUCAACGUUGAUGGGGAUUCAGAUGCCGAACUAUCAUCUGUUGGAGCUGCUUCAGCAUCUGCUGGCUCUGCCGCUACCCGUGGAGGAUCUGUUUCUACCGUCGACACAGCUACUGGAGAGGAAAUCAGCAUUAACUGUAAGUAAAAUUUAAUGCUGUAACACAUUUAGUACCGUAAAAAUUAGAAAAAAUUAGUAAUAUUUGUACUGUAUGUGUAAUACUGUAAAUUACUGAUGUUGUAGUAGAUUGUUAAUGAUAAUAAUGUUAUUUUAGCCGUCCGAACAAGCAUCUCCCAUGGAAAUGCUGGAGCAGCGAAGGCUUUGGGAGCUCCACUCCAAACAGACGGUCCAGUCAUCUUCGACGGUGAAGCAUGUAAGAAGACCAAGUGUAACUUCGAAGACGGAACAACAUGUUCGUAUGUUGACAGUACUCCAGUCGAAAGUCUGAACGGACUAAGCACCAAGUUCCAAGUGGUUAAGGGGCAGUUCAUGAACAGAGUCACCGGAAUCAAGGACAAUCCAGGUAAGUCACGAUGAAUGGUAUCAUACUAACCGAUUUGUUGAUUAUGUUCAUUUUUAUGGCGUACUGUGACAUUUAAUGUCUCUGAUUUCAGAAGGAGACUACUACGCCGCCAGCUUCUUGUAUCCAAAAGAAAAGGCUGUCCUGGCCGCUGAUGUUGGAGCUAUCGAUGAGAGUAGCCGCAUCAAGUUCAAGUACUACGAAGGAACUCACGGAGUACAACUCAAGGGAUGUUGUGACUCUAUCGACAAGUGUCCUUUCAAUACUGACAAGUUUGUGACAGUCGGAGACCGUGAAUGGAAGUCUGGAGACUUUGUCUGUCCAAGAAGCACCAGACAGGUAAGGAUUGCUCCAACUCCUUUUUUGACGAUAUUUAGAAUGAGGGCUAAUGUCUUAUUUCAAAUAAGUAGCCAUAACGUGACCUUUGAUACUUUAGGUGUUAUUCUUCUGCGAGAACACUCGAACCAACCAAGGAGCCUGUGCCUUGGACGAUGUUCAAGUAGUCGAUGCCAAUGACAAGAACGUGGAAACGGCAAAGACUUUGUGUUAG